AUGGUGCGCAUCAACGACGCGACCUUCAACGCCGGUCGCGACUACUUGCCCAACGCGAUCCAUACGACCAAGUACACGCUGGUGACGUUUCUGCCCAAGAACCUCUUUGAGCAGUUCCGCCGCAUCGCCAACGUCUACUUCCUCGUGCUGAGCAUCCUCACGUGCAUGCCCUUCUCGCCCAAGAACCCGACGUCGCUCAUUGUGACCUUUGUACUCGUGCUUCUCUUUACGGCAGCCAAAGAAGCGUACGAGGACUACCUGCGGUACCUCUCGGACCAAGAAGUGAACGCGCGCCAAGUGUCGGUGCUCACGUCGAGCCAUGACGGUCCGGUGGUGGGCGACAUGCUGUACCUCGAGAAAGACCGCGAAGUACCGGCCGACUGCUUGCUCUUGACGUCCUCCGACACCCAGUGCGGCGUGUGCACGAUCGACACCGCCAACCUCGACGGCGAAACGAACCUCAAGACCGUGUACGCUGUCCAGAACGGCCUCAGCGCACGCGAGCUCGGCGGCCUCGCAGGCCGCGUUGAGUUUGAGGCGCCCAAUCCCUCGCUUGUGUCGUUUCGGGGCAGUCUGUACGUCAACAACAUGCCCGUUCUCCUCACCUUGUCACAACUGCUGUGCCGCGGCACGGUGGUGCGCCACACCAAGUGGGCGAUCGCGCUCGUACUGUAUACGGGCCAUGAGACCAAGGCCUUUUUAAAUUCGAGCAAGCCGCCGUACAAGUCGAGUGCGGUCAUGAAUUCGAUGAACCGCUGUCUCUACUUCGUUUUCUUUCUUCAAGCGAUGCUCUGUGUGAUCAAUGCAACUGCGAUGCUGCUCUGGAACGGCCACAACACGCUACCGUAUCUGCAUGACGCGCUCGACACGAGCAGCCCGCCGCCGUUGAGCGAUGGAGUCGAGGCGUACUUCACCUUUAUGGUCGCGUACUCCAACUUGAUUCCGAUCUCGCUCUAUGUCGGCAUUGAAGUCGUCAAAUUAUUGCAAAAGUUCCUCAUCGAAGCCGACCUUGAAAUGAUGGGCUCCAACGGCGUCCGCACCAAGUCCCGCACCUCCAACCUCGUCGAAGAGCUUGGGCAAGUCGAGUACAUCUUCUCAGACAAAACAGGCACGCUGACCCGCAACGAGAUGGUCUUCCUCGCAUGCGCGAUUGCUGGCAUCAACCAAUCGUACCGCUUCGACGCCUACAUUCCUGACGCGAGCCUGCCCGCGGUGAAGAAGGCCUUGAUCCGCAGCCCCAGUGGUCAUUUGCCGCUGCCGUUCUUCGGGUCCCCUGCCUGGGACGCGCUGUAUAGCGUGCCGCUGUCGCCCCGCUUGCUGGACUUUUGGCUCUGUCUUGCGCUUUGCCACUCGGUGGUGCCCGAGGUCGACACGGACAACCCCACCGACCUCAUGAGUAUCACCUUUCAAGCAUCAAGUCCCGACGAAGGCGCAAUCGUGACCGCGGCACGAAAUAUGGGUUUCGUCUUCAAGGGCCGAACGGUCUCGAGCAUUCUCUUGUACAACAACGUGACAAGGAUGGACGAGAUGUACACGAUAUUGAAUGUCCUCGAGUUCAGCAGCGAUCGCCGGUGCAUGUCGAUCAUCGUACGCAUGCCGAGUGGCGACAUUCGACUCUUCUCGAAAGGCGCGGACACGGCCAUUUUGAAGCGACUUCGGGCGACAGAGGUCGACGACCUCGCGUGGACAUCAAGUCAGCUCCACGACUAUGGCGAGGAAGGUCUCCGGACACUCUGUGUCGCGUGUCGCACGCUCGACGAAGCCACGUACACGGCGUGGCACGCGCAGCACCAGCAAGUCACGAUGACGCGCCGCGCCGACACGACCGAUGACGAGCACGACGCCCUCGUCGCAGCCGUGCACAGCGCAAUUGAAACCAACUUGGAGCUCUUGGGGGUCACGGCGAUCGAAGACAAGUUGCAACACGGAGUACCGGAGGCCAUCGACAUCCUUCUCCGCGCUGGCAUUCGCAUUUGGGUUCUCACGGGGGACAAGGAAGAGACGGCGAUCAACAUUGGGCGGUCGUGCAACUUGCUGCAGCAAGAGAGCCACAUGAUGGUCCACCGCUUGAGCUGCAAGAGCAGCUCCGAAGACGAGCUCUACGAGUACAUUUGGGAGCUCCUCGAGCUACGCGGGAAGAUCUCCAAGAAGGAAGUCCUCGUUCUCGACGGCGAUACCCUCUCGCUCGCAAUGCUCCCCUCGAUGCAAACCGCCUUCUUGGAGCUCGCGUUGCGUUGCAGCGCGUGCAUCUGCUGCCGCGUCUCGCCCAAGCAGAAAGCUCAAGUCGUCCGACUCGUGCGCGACAACUUGCCCGUCAUUACGCUCGCGAUUGGCGACGGCGCCAACGACGUCAACAUGAUCCAGACCGCGCAUCUCGGCAUUGGCAUUAGCGGCCACGAAGGCACGCAAGCCGUGCGCGCGAGCGACUACUCGAUCGCACAGUUUCGCUUUCUGAGCCGGCUUUUGCUCGUCCAUGGCGCAUGGGGCUACCAGCGCAUCUCCAAGUUCAUCUUGUAUUACUUUUACAAGAACAUGCUCGUCGUCUUCACCGAGUACUGGUUCGCGUGGGUCUCGGGCCUCUCGGGCCAGAUCUUCUUCCCCGACAUGCUCUCGCUCGGCUACAAUGCGCUCUUCACCUCGUACCCAUGCGUCGCCGGCUACGGGUUUGACCAGCACGUCUCGGCCGACAUGGCGCUCAAGUACCCCAAGCUCUAUCAAUCGGGCCAGCUCCGCGAAAGCUUCAACGAAAAGCUCUUUCUGUACCACAUGCUGCUGGCGAUCCUCCACUCGGCGCUCUGCUACUUUGUCCCGGUUGCGAUAUUCAGCGACGGAUCGUCGCCGUCGUCCCACGGACGCAUCGCGGGUCAUUUUAUGACGAGCGUCGCGUCCUUCUCGUGCGCGAUCCUCGUCGUGACCAUCCGGAUGCUUGUCAAGGUGCAGACCGUCAACCGUAUCGUCGUGGGCGUCUCGGGUGGCAGCAUCGUGCUCUACGUCCUCGUCGUCGUCGUUCUCAAUACGCCAACGCUCUCGGCGCUGCUUCAGCCGCAGAUCGCCGAGGUGUUCUUUGGCCUCUUGUCGCUCGCGCGCUUCUACCUCGCCUUGCUGCUCGUGGCCGUCAUCAGCGCUGGGUUUGACAUUGGAUUGCGCUACCUCCAGAAGCAGUAUUUCCCGACCCCCGUCGACAUUUUGUGUGAACUUGCCUCGUCGCACCCGGCGCACGACCCGCCGACGCGCAUCCAGCCCUUCAGUCCGUCAUGA